CAGUUAGAAAACUCUCGUAUACAAAGAAGAUCGACUUUACUCGAUGAAAAACAUCAUAUCCAAAUAACAAACAGAUAGCACAAUGCUUGCAGGAUGGAGACUGGCUUUGUCAAAAUUAUUCAUAAUACCUCAACGGUAUGUGUUGGCUAUAUUGGCAUUACUAGCUGUCGCCAAUGCGUACACGAUGCGCGUCUGCCUGAACCUCGCCAUCACUCAGAUGGUGAAGCGGACGGUGGCUGUGGAAGGUGACGCUCAUUAUGACCCGGACGCCUGUCCGGAUAUGAACGUGGUGACGAACAGUAGUGCAGUUGAGAGUUAUCUAAGACGGGACGAGUCGGUUGUUUUCGAAUGGAGUGAAGCAACGCAAGGGUUGCUUCUCAGUUCAUUCUACUACGGUUACAUCUUGACGCACAUCCCUGGCGGUAUGCUGGCUGAACGGUACGGGGGUAAAUGGGUGCUCGGCCUCGGCUUACUCUCCACCUCUAUUUGCACGGUUAUCACACCAAUCACUGUCAAAAUGGGAGGAGCGACCGCUCUCUUCAUCCUCAGAGUUAUUGAAGGUUUAGGAGAGGGUCCUACGAUGCCAGGAUUAAUGGUAAUGCUGUCUAGAUGGUCACCGAAAGAGGAAAGAGGCCGUAUGGGUGCCAUUGUGUUUGGAGGAGCGCAGAUUGGUAACAUCGCUGGUUCCUACUUCUCCGGUCUUAUCAUGCACAAUGGUACUUGGGAUAAUGUGUUCUACAUGUUUGGUGGAUUGGGUAUCGCUUGGUUCAUCUUAUGGAGUAUAUUCUGCUACAGUACGCCAAAUACACACCCUUACAUCUCAGACAAGGAAAAGAAAUUCUUGAAUGAAAAUGUAACCUCGUUGAUACACAGCCAGAAGGCUGACUUGGAUCCCGUCCCGUGGAAGGCGCUAGUGAGAUCAGUUCCACUUUGGUCUUUAAUGAUUGCUGCUAUUGGUCACGAUUGGGGAUAUUUCACGAUGGUUACAGAUUUACCUAAAUACAUGACCGAUGUUCUCAAAUUUAAUAUCAAGUCUGCAGGUCUCUUGUCUGCCCUACCAUACGUAGCGAUGUGGAUCGCAUCGUUUUUCUUCGGUCUUCUCUGCGACUUCUGUAUCAAGAAAGGAUAUCACAGCCUCAAGAAUGCUCGGAAGAUUUAUACUACCAUAGCCGCCACUGGCCCAGGUAUUUGCAUCAUCCUCGCUUCAUACUCCGGCUGUGAUACCACUCUGGCUGUGUUUUGGUUCAUCUUUGCGAUGACACUGAUGGGAGCGUAUUACAGUGGUAUGAAGAUCAACGCCCUUGAUAUCACGCCUAACUACGCUGGUACCACUACUGCUUUAGUGAACGGCAUUGCUGCGGUCUCCGGGAUAAUAUCACCGUAUUUGAUUGGAUUAUUAACACCAGAUUCUACCCUCAAGCAAUGGCGGGUAGCAUUCUGGGUUUGCUUAGUCGUGUUAGUUGUAACUAACAUCGUCUACCUAAUAUUCGCCGAAGGAGAACAGCUUUGGUGGGACGACGUAAAGAAGCACGGCUAUCCAACAGGUUGGAAGCACGGUCCACUGCCCACUAAGUCAAAAGACGCAGAGGAUUUAAAAGAAAGUGAAACUACGGAGAAAAAGUGAUAUAAUUAUCAUAAGUUAGCAAAUAUGAAUAUAAGUUAAGUAAAUGUUGUUUAUUGUUAUGUUUUGUAUAAUAAAUUGUUUGAAAAUA